UCGCCAGUCUCCAACGUGCACAGCGGUGACGUUUGUUGUAGCAUGAUGGCGGUAGCCUGGACUAUUUUGAAUUUCGUACCGUUUUUUCGAGUUUAAAGCGCGUAUUUGUGGUGGAAUGCCACGUUGUUACAAGGGGAGGUCGGAGUAGAACAAACUGCUACCAUGGACUCCGUCCUCGGGGACGACCUAACGCUCCCCGUUGACAUGAACGGAAGCUGCGCCCUGCCAGACUCCAUGAAUGCUGACAGCAUGACAGCACCGUCCUUUCCCGGCCAGAUGUCCCCCAUCAAAGCUCUCACCAUGAAGGACUAUGAAAACCAAAUCACGGCGCUGAAGAAGGAGAACUUCAACCUGAAGCUGCGCAUUUACUUCAUGGAAGAGCGCAUGCAGCAGAAAUGCGACGACUCCACAGAGGACAUCUUCAAAACGAAUAUUGAGCUGAAAGUGGAGCUGGAGUCAAUGAAGCGGGAGAUGGCAGAGAAACAGGAGCUCCUUGUGUCUGCGUCGAAAGCGUUGGAGAGUCUGGCUGGUCGAGAGUCAGGAGAACCGCAGCGUGUGAGAGAACAAGCGCAACGGGAGAUGGAUGCGCUUCAGGACUCGUACAACAAGAGGAUAGCUGAACUCGAAGAAUGCCUGCGAACAGCUGAGGAGGAGGUGGAGAAGAUGGCGGCCAUUGCUGAGCAAGAAAAGCUCAAAAAUAUUAACAUGGAGAAGCAGCUCCAAUUCCUGGGUUUGCCUGGUGCCAUAGCCCCCUUUCCCAGCCCCGUCCAAGACCUGCAGCUGGCCCUUCAGGACAAAGACAACACCAUCGAGCAGUUGAAGAUCACGUUAAAGAACCUGGAAGCUGAGCUCCAGCAGAGCAGGAACAGAGACGCAGAGCUGGAUGCAGCAUCAUCCGAUCAAGUGCGACAGCUGACGGGUGUCCUCGCCAAAAAAGAUGACGAACUUCAGGCCCUGAGAGACGAACUGCACAGAGAGAAGGAUAAAAUCAACCCUGACCGUCAGAGCGAGGUUAAUCGUCUGGAGUCCGUCAACCAGAUUCUGACUGAAGAGCUCAGCCAGGUUAAAAGCACCCAUGAGAACCUGACCAAAACACUACAGGCAGCCCAGAAUCAAACAAAGACUCUGUCUGGAAGGUUGGAGGAGAAAGAGAAUGAGCUCCACACAGAGAAGAACAACAACCUAAAGCAAGCCAAAACCAUACAGGGGCUGACGCAGUUCCUCAGAGAAAAAGAAAAAGAGGUGGCAGAGCUGUGUCACGACAUUGAGGACCGGGAUGAUGCUCUCGCCAAAGCAAGGGAGACGGCACACAAAGCCCAGAUGCAGAAAUACCAGGGAGCAGAAGAGCAUCAAACUCUACUGAUGGCAAAGCAAAGCGAUUUGGCCCAACUCCAAGGGGAGCACCAUGCCAAGGUGCUCGAAGCCCAAAAGCUGCAGCGCUCCCUGGACAGAAAGGAGCAGGAAUUGGCUGACUUGCAGCAGGCAAAGGAUCAGCUGGAGGUGGAGCUCGAAGACCUGCAACAGCAGAAGAAGAAGGGAGACAAAGCCCUAAACGAUCUGACCAAUCAACUCAAAAAGCUGAGUGGUGAGAUCGGGGAGAGGGAAAGUUCUCUAGAGCAGCAAUACCAGGAGCUGUUGGACCAAACCAAAAGAAGGGUGCAGGCCCAUGAAGUCACCAUCCAGAGGCUCACUUCUAUCCUGGCUGAUAAAGAGCAGCAAUUACAGGAGUACAUGGACAUGGUGAGAGAAAUCGAGCAGAGCAAGAGCCCAGCAGGAAGCAACAGUGUGCUCGCCAAACUGCGGCAAAGGCUGAAGGAAAAGGAGAAAGCGCUGGAGCAAGCGCUGGACGAGAGGUUUGCAGCCAUCGAGGAGAAAGACAACCAAAUACACCAGCUGCAGCUGUCGCUCAGGGAGAAGGAGAGAGAUCUAGAGAGGCUCAAUAACCUGCUGUCGCACAACAAAGAAACCAUUAAUAGUUUUGAUAGCCUGCUUAAGGAGAAGGACGUGGAACUGCAGCAUCUCGCAAACACACUGAAGAACCUGCAGAGAGCCAAGCAAGAUGUGGAAGACAACCUGAACAGGUCGCUGAGGGAGAAAGACUCCAUCAUCAGCCAGCUGCAGCUCUCCCUCAGCGGGAAGACCAAAGAUUUGGAGGAAAUGGCAGAAUCCAUGCUGAGCCAAUCCCAAAGUCACACACGUGACUAUGCAGAGCAGAUGGGCCAGAGGUUAAAGGUCACAGAGGCUAUGCUGGCCGAGGCUGUGAAAGCCAGGGAAAGGCUCAUUGCCGACAACGAGGGUGCUGUGGAAGGAUUGCUGGCCACCAUUAAUAGCAAGGACCAACUCCUCAAGGUCGGCCCUACUCUUCCAAAUUAUUUCAACAAGCCAUGCGCCUCACAAAGUCGCCCAUUCCUUUACUCUGGUGGUUUGUCUCACCAGGAGUCUGCAGAGCACUACAACCGCAUGCUGUCUGAGCGUUCCCAGGAGAUUCAGGAACUGAGGAAGCAACUCUCGGACAGGCAGCAGCAGCUCUUAACCGCUGAGAAGCAAAGGGCCACAGUGAACCAGAAGGACUCUUUGGAAACUGCAGAGCUGCGAGUCGUCCUGGCUGAAAAAGACAGCCUCAUCGAUAGGCUCCUGCAGCGUGGCCCGGCGAAGGACCAUUUGAUGAUGGAGCGCGACAAGGAGCCGGAUCACGUGCUGGAGCUCAGACAAACUAUCCAGAUCAUGCAGGAGAAGUUAGAGGAGCGUGAAGCUGAGCUGUCCAGGAGGAACAGUGAUGACAGCGUGGAGAACAUUCCACUCUCCAAGAAGACUGUCGUCAUCCUGAAGAAAGAGUUGGCCCAGAAAACUGAGGCACUCACCAAAGCGCUAAAGAGGGAGAAUGAACUGAAGAUGUCUUUGGCAGAGCUCCAGUCAUUGCUGUCUGAGUUGGAGGUCCGCAGUGAAGGUCAGGCCGCCAAAAUCGAGUCCCUGACGGCAACUCUGGAGACGAAAGAUGAGAUUAUCCAUGUUCUCCAACAGCGUCUUGCUCAAAGAGGGGAGGCUCAGGGUGAUUGCAGCCAAGAUCAUGUCAUUGGCAGCAGCAUGGAUCGAUCGCCUACCGGACUCCCUCAGCGGGAGAGAACCAUGAUUGGUGGAGACAGCCAGCAAGAGGUGCUGCCCAGCCUUGUCGCAUUACAGCAGGAGCAUGAGGCUCUGAACAAAGCUUUGAGGGCCGAGCAGCAGCUCUACUCCAGCCUAGUCAGAACUGUGAAAGAGCAGGACAGCGCCCAGCGUUUCCAUGCUCUGCAGCUGGAGUUGACAGCAGUGCAGCUCCUUAGGCAGCAGCUGGAGGACAGCAUCAAGACAAACAAGGAGCUCAGGGACGACCUGGAGAGAGAGCUAGACAGAGCAAAAGCCAGAGAAGGUCUGAGCGUCGUGGACCCUAAAGAACUGGAGAGUGUGCGGCAUCAGCUCGAAGAUGCCCAGCGCUGGAACGCCUCCCUGCAGGCACGCUUGGGGGCCAUCCAGAACCGCGGAGGUGGAGUGGGCGGGGCCAACGACUGUGGUGACACGCUGAGUUUCAUCAGUGACCAGACUUCUUACAUGAGUAUCUGCGUGGGGGAGGGUCAGGAUGACAGCUCACCUCAAGAGCUCAAACAGAAGGUGCUGGAGCUGCAGGGCUGCAUCAGCGGACUUCAUACCUCAAACAACAAGCUGCAGAGCAGACAGGCAUCACUGGAGAAGGUCGACCUUAAUGAUGCGUUCAACAAGGAGGCCAGCGGUCACCCCUGGAACCAGCAGCUAGAGAGGACGACGGACCCGCCGUGUCGAGACAGUUCGAGUCAGACGGACAUCAAACAGGGGCAGCCACAAGGUGAUGAGAGUGUGGACAGCGGCCUUUGCCAGAGCAGAGAGCAUGCUCAUUCUGCCAAUGCAGACAUUAUUCAGGCACACCCAGUUGGAGCAACCCUUCAAUCCCUGCUGACCGACUGUGACGCUGCAUCACUCCUGCACCUAAAAGGGGAAGUUUUCAGGCUAACUGCUGAAAAUGUGCAACUGCAAGGCCUGCUGAAGGAGCAGACGUCCACAGAGUGCAAAGAGAAAGAGAGCAGAGACGCUUCAGGGAACAGCAGCGACGGGCAGGUUGAGUUAAGGCAGGGCAGAGAAAGUUUGCAACCUGCAGUUCAGGUUGAAGCUAAGGUCACCAGGCUGGCAAAGGAAGAUGGGAAGACUGCUAUUUAUGGGGGCACCCCUGUCACCACAGAGGAAGCUAAUGAUCACAGCCAGAUUUCAAAGCACAGGGCCAGCACAAAAUCUCGCCUGCCCGUCCCAGUGAGGCAGAGAAUGGAAGCUUGCAGCAGCACACGCCCGGAGACAGGUUCUGAUUGUGUCAGAACAGAUGCGCUCCAACACCUUCAUGGAGAAGCUGACCAGCAACUUUUUGGAGACUCCACCAUGUCAUCUCAGCAAAGCACUUGCCCCGCCUCCUCCAACGGCCCCACUCGUGAGAGUGGCCUUCCAGCCACAUGCACGCAGGAUAACACCCAGGCCAGCUCUGCCCUUUUUACCCAGCUGGAGCUCCUUCACCAAGAGUGCCAGGAAAAAGAGUCCUUGAUCAGCAAGCUCAGCGAGCAGCUGGCCGACUGGGAAGAGCUCCACGCUCAGCUCCAGGAGAAGGACCGCCUCAAUCGCCAGUACAUGGAGGCCUUGCAAGCUGCAAAGUCCACCAUUGCUUACCUGACUGCCUGUAGUCUGGACAGCCAGGAGGAGUGUGGGCCACACGCCUGUACAUGCACAGGAUCCGGUUCUGUGGGAUCCGAUGCCGUCUUCUACAGCAGAUGCAUGGACUUACAGAAAGCACUACAAGAGAAAGAGAAUCUCAUCAACCACCUUACACGACUAUUGAACUUGGCAGAGAGACUCAUCUUGUCGUCAGACAGCCAGGAAAAGCAGUCAGAAAUCAGAGAUCUGUGUUUAAAGAUAGAGGCAGUGAAUGCCGGGUCACACAAGGAAAGCUCGAGAGCGGUGUCUGGAGGAACUUCUACGCAUGAGCGACAGCCACAGUCACUGUCUUUGCAGGAAGUGCUUUGUGACCAGGGUGGACUGAAUGCUUCUGGUAAUUCUACACAAAUAGCAUCAGGAUCAUUCAACGAAAAAGAGUUGAGGGAUCAGGAAGAGGCACAAGAAAGUUGCCAUGUUAUAAGUAAGGAAAUGACCAUAGUUCUUGCAAAAUGCCUGAGUUCAACAGAAUCUGCCAUCGCUUCUCUGGCAGCACACUGCACAAACACCAGCUCCUCAACCGCCGCUGAACUCCAGCAGCAUUUGGACAACCUCCAGAAAGCUCUGCAAGAGAGACGAGCACUCGAGCACCUGACCCAAACCACUCAAUCAAGCAGCAGUGCAUCGACAGAACUCCACCCAGAGCUCCAUCGCAAUCUGCAGCUCCUGUGCCAGGUCCUUGCCGAUCACACCCAGAGGAUCUGUGAGCUCCAGGCCUCCCUUCAGGAGGAGAGGGCCUGUAGGGAACAGAGUGAGGCCCAUGCAACCGUGCCGGAUGCCAAGGGAUUACCGCCUAGUGUUCAGGCCCAGCUGGAGACUCUCCACAAGGCGCUGAGGGAGAAGAAAAAAGCCUGUAAAAACUUAGAGGAGAAACUUGCCACGGCCCAAUCCGUUGUCACUAAGACACUGUCACCUAAAACUGCACGGAAAGCUCUGGAGAAGGAUGACAAAGGUGUGCAGGUGGACCUGGGUUACGAAACCACAGGCAAGAGUGAGAACGAUAGGGAAGGGAGCAGUAGCACAGACCUAGAGGUGGCUGUGAAACCAAGUGGCAGUCUUCUUGAGCAGGCCCACUUUUCUAUCACUGAAAAUCUGGACUCCACCUCCAGCACUCCAUACCCAAGUUCCCCCACCCUGAGCUCGGCCAAGGCCAGUCUGAAGAGCCCGCAGACCUAUGAGGCCUACGGCCUCUCGGAGGACCCGCUUCAGCUUCAAACGCAGGUGCGAGACCUGAAGGUCCAGCUGGAAAGCCAGACCAAAGUCAUCCUCCAAAUGCAAAGUCUUCUGCGGAGGAAUUCCUGCGACCCGGUGGCCAGCCCCUCUGACCAGUCACUGGAUCAGGACAGAACACAAGGCUGCAGCCAUGACAGGAGACCCAGUCGAGAGCAGCCACCAGAGAAAGAGGGUGACGGAGAGAUGAACAAAGAGGCGGGGAGAAACAAAAGCAUGAAGGAGCAGCUACAGCACACCCGCAGCCGAUCUACAUCACCCGCCAGCCUGGACUCACUGGUGCAGUCACAGGCCAGGGAGCUGUCGCAACUGAGACAGCAGAUCAAGGACAGCCGCAGGCUGGGUGCCCUGCAGCGGCAACGGAUGGAGGAGUUGAGCAGGGCCUUGCAGGAGAUUCUGCAGGCCGGCGAAGUGGGGGAGGUGGUCAAGGGGCAGCUGGACAAGAGCCUGAGUAUUCUGGAGCAGCUGGAGGGACGGACAGACAAAGGAGAGCCUCGUCCGCAUAAUGAAGACAUGGCCGGUCUGGAGCUUUCCCACAGGUUGGCCACGGAGCUUCAGGAGAAGAACCGCCUCAUUCAGAGCCUGCAGAGUCAGGUCAGAGGUCACAGUCCCAGCAGCCACCACAGCUCCCACCCUGACCCGAACCCCUCGGACAGGCUGGCACCCACACGAGAUCAGUGGCGUGCCAGAGAUGCUUCUGGCGUAGGAGGAGCCGAGGAGGGCGUGGUGGGUGAGCAGGAAACAGGAAGCAGACUGCUGGGGCUGCAGAGGGAGAACGGACGCUUGCAGGAGCAGCUGAGGAGCAGCGAGCAGCUCAACACCACCCUGCGCAGUGAACUGGACCUGCACCACUCUGUCAUGGCCCAUCAUCGGGACCGGGAGCUGGAUCAGGAGGUGGUACCUUCGGCACAAGGGAGCGCCAUCAAUUCAAACCUGCUGGCAGAACAUCUGCAGGAGAUCAGAGCGUUGAGACAGCGCCUGGAGGACAGCAUCUCCACCAACGACCGCCUGAGGGAGCAGCUUGAGAAGAAGCUCGCUGAGGUGGAGAAAGACCCAGCAGCCACAAACAUCUUCAUCCACGGGAACGAGGAGCAGAGCCAGCUCAUCAACGAGGUGCGCUUCCUUUGGGGUCAGAACCAAGCGCUGAAGGAGCAGCUCCACCUGGAAUGUAAAGACAAGCAGAAGGAGAGCGAGAGGCUGCAGGAGAAUUUGGCGAGGCGCACGGCCAAACUGGAGCAGAGCAGGAAGGAGUGCGAGAUUCUCAGGCAGGAGAACCAGCGGCUGCAGGAACGACUGGAGCUCAGCGGCCGAGAGAACGCUCACCUCCAGGAGCAGCUGAGCAGCCUGCAGGGCCAGGUGAAGCUCCACAGGCAGCAGCUCAGCGACUCGCAGCACCUCCUGCAGUCACUGCGCGUGGAGCUGCAGGUCCACGAGAAGGUCAACAGCAACGCUGCACAUGUGACCCGUGAGGCCCCUCCUUCGGGCUCAGUGGACCUGGGGGAGCUGCUGUCAGAGAUCCGUCACCUGAGGCUUCAGCUGGAGCGGAGCAUUGAGACCAACACGCUGCUCCGUCACAAGCUGGAGGAACAGCUUCACUCUGACACCAUCAACAUCAACUACAUGAUGGCCUCCGCAGGUGAGAACACCCGACCUCACGGUGCUGCUCGUCAUGUGACUGAGUGCUGCUACCUGCGUGCAGAUGAAGGCAGCAGGUCACCGGCUCGUGAGGAGGUCGGCAGCGUCCUCCACGACGCCAGUCAUCACGCGCCCUCCCACGUGGAUGGAGGUGGCAGCAGCUCAGGCGAGAGUGCCACAGGUGCCCCGUCCCGCCUGGUGCCAGGCCACCGUGUGUGGGCCAACCCCGACGGGCGCCACAUCUUGGCACUGGUGGAGGACUACAGAGCGCUGCGGAAGCACAUCUCAGAGGGCCGCAAGCUGUCACGCAGCAUGGACGCUCAGCUACAGUGUGGGAGCAACGAGAUGCUAGACCGUGCGAGUGUGAGCAAGCUAUCUGGCAGCGUGAGCGCCAUGCAGCAGGUGCUGGAGGACGCCGCCCGGCUGCUCAAACUGGUGUGGAGGGUCUCUCUGCCGGCCGGCGCUGCCAACAGCCAGCAGGAUGAGCUGCUGAAGACCGAGAUAGCUCGACUGAAGAGUCGGCUGUCGCAGCAGGAGAGGAUGCUGAAUGGCGCCGUCAAGCGCCUGCGAACAACCAAUCAGCUCAAAGAAGGCAUGGAGAGAGUAGUCUUCGACCAACUCUCUCUCACACACGGAGUGUUGAAGAAGGCCCGGGGCAAUUUAGAGAAAAGUCACUGUUUCCUCUUUGGCCCUAGAAGAGCAGCAGGAGGUACCUGUGACUGGCCAGUAGAGGGCGUUGGAGUUCAUCCCGGAAGAUGCCCGGACUCCCCAGAAGAGCAGUGAAGAUACUUCCUGCUGUCCAACCGUCAUCUUACUACUUAAAUUGCACAAAACCCACUUUGGGUUUUAGGUACUGAAGUUGUAGGUGUUUAUAAUGCCUUUUAUUUGUACAUAGUGUUUUGUUUUUUUAAGCAAAAGGUACAUAUUCAGAGAACAAGGACUUGUAUUUUUAUGACUAAUUGUAUUUGAUGCAGUAAAAGAAAACCAAACGUGCAUCCAGAAACAUUCCUUUAUUAUCAUUUACAUGUUUGAAGUACAAAUGUCUUCAACACUGUAAGAAAACUUUUUGUAGAUUUACAGACAUGAUUCAGAACUCUUAAUGGAAAGAUGUAAAAAGGUGUCAGAUGGUUCCUUAACGUUACACUGACCUAUAGAACUAGGCCUUACUCACAGGCAGCUUUUAAAGCUUUUGCUAGCAUUCGCUUUUUGGCUAAAUGACAUGUUCAAGGUCAAGAAACACUUAGCUCUUGUUUUUGUGAUGGUAAAAAAAAAAUCAAUCCAAAAAAAGGUUCCUAUCUUUGCACCAGCCGGACAAAGGCCUGCACAAGCUGAAUAAACGGCUCCUGACCUUCGUGGAUGCCCUUGGAGCCCGGCGUUGGCGGCUUGGCCUGCGUGCACGGCAGGAUCCCGCUGGCUGGGGAUGAAGGCGAGCCCCGACGGAAGUGGCGGGACAGGCUGGACAAGAGCGUGCUCUAAAAGGGAGGAUUAUGAUAGAAAUGAGGGUUAACAGGCAAGCAUCAUUCACAUGUUUGCUACUGACCAGUUCAGAGCUGAGCUCCUGUUUGAGUCGCUGUUUGUCUCGUGGGAGGAUGGCCGUGUCCUUGAGGCAGCGCACGGCCUGAGAGAUGAGCACGUAGAAGCAGUUCUCCAUGGUAAACAUCAGCAAAGACCUGGACGACAACCAGAAGAAAAUCAAAUAUGGAGGCGUCCCGCAUGAGAAGCGCUGUGAAAAGUCCUCACUUGAGCGCUUGAAUCUCCUCCGAGGAGGCCAGAGAGACGAUGCUCAAAGAAGCUUCCUUCUUCUUCUCCAUCUGUGCGACAGACAAAACAAUGCCAAGUGCUUCACAGCAAGGGUGCAUCUCAAUAAACUACUAAAAUAUCUUUGCAAUUAAAUUCUUAAAAAGUGACUUUUUGAUGAUUACAGCCAAUAAAAAAAAAAACAAUUUCAGUAUCACAUAAAAUGUGGAAAAAUUGUCAAAGGUAAAAAAAAAAACAAAAAACUACAGGUUGGCCCUCUCAUAAGCAGCGUUGCUUCUUAGUCUUAAUUAACCUUUGCACCAUAUUCUCAUGUAUUGAGAUGCACUGCAUAUUAAAAAAACAAAUUUUUCAUUCCUAG